AUGGAGAAGAAGAUUGAAAUAAGCCUAGCACCGAUGAUGGAUGUCACUACGCCUCACUUCCGAAGGUUCAUCAGACUGACGUCGGAGACGACUGUUCUAUUUACGGAGAUGAUUGUGUCGAACACAGUAAUUCAUAUUCCUCGGGACAAGCUGAAAGAAAAGCUUGGAGAAUACGAUGAUAAUACAGUUGUACAAAUAGGGGGGAGUGAUGCAAUGCAGAUAGUGGAGGCGGUGAGGAUUCUCCAAGGCUUCGGAUAUAAGAUGUUCAAUCUUAACUGUGGCUGCCCUAGCUCGAGGGUGAAGAAGGGAAGCUUUGGGGCAGUUCUUAUGCUUGAUAGGAGGCUGGUUUCCGAGAUAAUUAACAGGGUAUAUGAGGAGACUGGAGUGAUUCUAAGCCUUAAGAUCCGGACGGGUGUUGACGACCACGAUGGGAUGGACUUUCUGAAGGAAUUUGUAAGCUACAUCAAGGAGAACACGCCCAACAGGACGUUUUAUAUCCAUGCGCGUAAGUGUUGGCUAGAGGGGCUCUCCCCUGAGCAGAACAGAAAGCUGCCACCUCUGGAUUACGGUAGCGUGUAUGAGAUCAAGAAGCUUUAUCCGGAGCUUAAGAUUGUCCUUAAUGGAUCUAUCGGCGGAGACAAUUUGGAUAAGAUAGAUGGUCUAGACGGGGCGAUGAUAGGGAGGGAGGCGAUCAGAAAUGUCUUUGUCUUCUGGGAUAUUGACCAGCGGCUGUCUAGACAGUACGGUGGCGAAGAGGAAUGCAUUCUGGAUGCUGAUACAAGAGGAGGUGAGUGCAACGGAGACCAUGAGAGUAAAAGAGCACAAAAGAUACGCUCCGUUGUCAAGCAAUACUUUGAAGGGCUUGCACCCUCUACCCGGCUGAGGUCUGUUCAUAUUUUGCCAAUAAUGAAUCUUAUGAAGGGGAAAAGAGGCUGCAAAGAGUAUAGAAGGAAGCUUAACUUGAUACUUUCCCAGCAGACGAGACCCUCUGAGGUAUACCCGCUGAUAAUGAAACAUUUUGAGUGA